AUCCCUUUUCGUGCGCUUUUGUAAGCAGUUAUCUCGGGCACCCUUAUCACAAGGCCAGAAUGUACAAUCAGGAAUGCAGCAGCUCCUGGGAAAACAGCCCACUCCUCCAGAACCACAGCGCUUAUGUAGAGGCAACGUCUCUCAAGACUGGACAUAGCGUCCAACAACUAUAAUCCUUGCACUCAGGAGGCAGAGGCAGGAGGAUCAUUGCAAGUUCUAGGUCAGCCUGACACCUGAGGUUAAACCCCAGUAUCCCCAUGGAUUUUCCUGGCCUCGGGGCCCUAGGGGCCUCAGAAGCCCUACCGCAGUUUGUGGACUCUUCCCUGGUGUCCUCGCCACCAGAUCCAGGGCCGUUCUUUUCUGGGCCUGAGGGUUUGGAUGCAGUUUCGUCCACUUCCCCAAGCACAGGCACAGCUGCAGCCACGGCACUGGCCUACUACAGGGACACUGAGGCCUACAGACACUCCCCAGUCUUUCAGGUAUACCCGCUUCUCAACUGUAUGGAGGGAAUCCCAGGGGGCUCACCUUAUGCUAGCUGGGCCUACGGCAAGACGGGGCUCUACCCUGCUUCAACUGUGUGCUCCAGCCACGAGGAUGCCCCUCCCCAGACCCUGGAAGACCCGGAUGGGAAGAGCAGCACCACCUUCUUGGAAACCUUGAAGACAGAGCGGCUGAGUCCAGACCUCCUGACCCUGGGGACUGCACUGCCUGCAUCGCUGCCUGUCACCAGCAGUGCUUACGGGGGACCUGACUUUGCUGGGCCUUUCUUUUCUCCCACUGGGAGCCCUCUCAACUCAGCAGCCUAUUCUUCCCCCAAGUUUCACGGAAGCCUCCCUCUGGCCCCUUGUGAGGCCAGAGAGUGCGUGAACUGUGGAGCAACGGCUACUCCACUAUGGCGAAGGGACAGAACAGGUCACUACCUGUGCAAUGCCUGUGGCCUGUAUCACAAGAUGAAUGGCCAGAACCGGCCUCUCAUUCGACCCAAGAAGCGAUUGAUUGUCAGCAAAAGGGCAGGCACUCAGUGCACUAACUGCCAAACGACCACCACGACACUCUGGCGGAGAAAUGCCAGUGGCGAUCCGGUUUGCAAUGCCUGUGGCCUCUACUACAAGCUACACCAGGUGAACCGGCCACUGACCAUGCGCAAGGAUGGAAUUCAGACUAGGAACCGCAAGGCCUCCGGGAAAGGGAAAAAGAAGCGGGGGUCAAGUCUGGGAGGAGCAGGAGCAGGAGCGGCUGAAGGACCAGCUGGUGGCUUCAUGGUGGUAGCUGGUGGCAGUAGUAGUGGGAAUUGUGGGGAAGUGGCCUCAGGCUUGACACUGGGCACCGCAGGUACUGCCCAUCUCUACCAGGGCCUGGGACCUGUGGUGCUGUCAGGACCUGUCAGCCACCUGAUGCCUUUCUCUGGACCUCUGCUGGGCUCGACGGCAGCCUCCUUCCCCACAGCUCCUGUGCCCCCUACCACCAGCACCACCGUGGUGGCUCCCCUCAGUUCUUGAAGGUGCACGAAACGGCCUUGGCCUUUCGGCAGAGAAGGUGUCCCCCUCUUUUUUUUUGAGGCAGGAUCUUCUGUACCCAGGCUGACCACCAACUAUGUCGUUAAGGGUGACCCUAAAUUCCUGAUUAUCCUGCCUCCACCCUCCCAAGUACUGGGAUUAUAGGCAUGUGAUGCCAUGCCUGACAUUUUUGUUUUUUUGUUUUGUUUU